CUUCAACCAGGUGACUAUCUAUAUGUUAUCAAUGGCAAAGCCUUCACUGUUAUCAGUAAUUGUCGCGAGCGUGCUUGUAUUUAUAACAGUUGUUUGGCUCAUUUGUGCUACGUGCGGUGGUGGUUUGGUUUGUGGGAUUGGUACUCGAAUUAAGAUGUUCACCUUCACACUGUUUGCUUUUUUCGUGGUCCUGGAAUUCACAUCAGCACAAAAUGGUAAUUGCGACUUCUUUCAAAGGGUUCAAGUUGGUGUUGAGUACGUAGUAGAAAGUCCCAACCACCCAGCCAGCUACCCUCCGGGAGUAACUUGCAGGUGGAUCCUAUCGUGUCCUCCUGGAUACAAUUGCAGAUUGGACUGUAAUAAUAUGAAGAUGCCAGCGACGCCAUCAUGUAGCGGAGAUAGACUCCUGGUGUCGGAGACGGGGGACCCUUACUUAUAUGGAGCCACGGCGAGAUGUGGCAACAAUCCUUUCGUUGUGGUGUCGACUAACCAAGAUAUCAGUAUAGGUCUUAUAACGUCCACAUCGAGUCCUGGCGGUGCUUUUCGAUGCACGGUGAGGGCCCAAUCUGCCGCUCCUCCUACGACCAGCUGCAGAUGUGGAGAACGGAAACAGAACCGCAUCGUAGGCGGCGAGGAGACGGGAGUGAACGAGUUCAUCUCGAUGGCGGCUAUUGUCACCGUCGCUACUGCUAGAAUCAAAUGCGGCGCCACCAUCAUUGAUAAACGUUGGGCUACCACCGCCGCACAUUGCAGUACAGGAGAGACGAUUAAUACAAUUGUAUUGCUCGUCGGUGACCAUAACGUGACUACUGGUUCAGACACAAGUGCAGCGAGAGGUUAUCAAAUACAGUCUAUCAUCAUCCAUCCACAGUACGACGCGUCCACAUAUAACAACGACAUAGCCCUGGUUAGAACAGUGACAAUCAUAGAGUUCAGCGGAUUGGUUGGGCCCGCGUGUCUCCCGUUCAAAUACUACGGGUACAGCUUUGCUGGCGACUAUGUUACUUAUUUAGGCUGGGGGACGCUGUUCCCUGGAGGGCCGACAUCCAACGUGCUACGGAAGGUGAACGUGGCAGUGAUCAGCCAAGCGCAGUGCCGCGCCACCUUCCCUCAAGUCACCAACAACCAGAUAUGCACUUACACUCCUGGAAAGGAUGCUUGUCAGUUCGACUCCGGCGGCCCUGGACUGUACACUGAGCCUAACACUGGUCGGCUGUACCUGGCACUCAUCAUCAGCUUCGGUCGUUUCUGCGCCUCCACCGACCCCGCGAUCAACACGAGGGUCACGGAGAUGCUGAAUUGGUUGGUGUACGCCACUGGAGCCGAUUUCUGCAAAUUAUAAUUGAGUGUAGUAAAAAGUUGCCAGUAAUAAAAAAAAAUCAAAUUCCAAGUAGGUAUAUCCAACCUUCUUUGAUAAUGUUUGGUUAAAGAGGUGUUAAAACUAUGUAUUUAUUUUGUAAUCUAUUAAAGUUCCAUUGCUUGAACUUGACAAACUAUUUAAGGCUGAUUACUGUAAUGUCAUUGUAAUUGGCUAAAUAAAUUAUUGUAAAGAAAUUUGUUGCUUUGAAAAAUUGCAUGUUCCAGCUAUAUUUAAAAAAUAUAUAUAUCUACAUAAAUGUGUUAACUCCAAAUCAAAGAUGGCCAAAGGGAUAAUACGUAUCGAAAAAUCAUAUACUUACCUACCUAUAUCCUAUUGUGGAAAAUUAAAUGU